UUGUUUCGCUCACUUCCUCAAUACUUUAUUUAUGGACAAAUUCGUGUUUUAACAUCAUUUAAUCUGAGAUGAGCUAAAGUUAGUGCUGUCACUUUUUGAAGUAUCAGAGCCACGUUAGCUAACUAGACCCGCCCUUGUUUUGUCAAGCUUUUUCCUCUUUCACUUUAACCACAUGCUGAUACUACACUGCAAACAACAGCACUGCACACUGCAGCUUAACAGUUAGCCGCAGGCACAUCCCCUUUCCACCCUUCUGUAAAAGUUAAACCUCCGCAUCACUGCCAGCCUUUAACAGCUGCUUCAGGAUCUCUCUGAUAUGAGCAGUUCCGACGUGGGAAAAAGGCAUGGAGCAAUUUAAGAUUCCUCAGGCUUAAUAAAGGGAUUAUGUGACUAAUGGCUACGUUGUAGGAGUCACGGUUAAAGUGGUGUGAAUUAUUUUCAAACCCAACCACGGAGGGUGUGUCUGGAUCACUGUUAAUACUACUACGGUAUGCGGGAUGGGCCAAACUCGUUCGAAUCUCUCGCAUACCACCGCCACCACCCGAAGCAGAGCGAUAUGGAAAGCAGGCGAGGCUGCCCCGCGGCUCCGUAUCCGCAGAUUUACUAGCGGAGAAGUGCGGCGGAGUGACCAGUUAAACAGGAAUCCGAUGAAAAACAAAGUGCUGUCGUGUUUGGGAAGGAGAAAGCGAGACUCCAGCCAGACAGAAGCGGAGUUAGGUUGCGGAAACGGAGCCGCGGAUACAGCGACGCGCCGCGAUCACAGAGUAGGAAAGUUGCCGCGGGACGAGGUUGUGUCGGCGGUUCGGGAACAGGGAGCAUCCCCGGGUUGUUUUGAGACACCAUCCGGCCUAGGUGAUCAUGCCGAGGUUACCCAACACGCCGUGAACCGACAGGCGGCGGCUGGUUCAUCCGAUGCGUCACGUUUGGAAACGCGUACCGGAGAAGUCAGCGGUGCGGGCUGCGAGGAGCCGAAACCCGGGCGAGAAAACGAUGCCUCGGAACCCCCGACGAGGGCCAUGGAAGAUCAGCCACCAGGGGGGAAAUGUGUUGUGUCUGCGGGCAGGGAAUUAACGGGGGCUAGUCUGCGUUCAGACCCGCUGCUCACCCCUGACCGGGACACUGAGCGGACUCUGUCGAGCGUGCCCCCAGGUUUGCAGUGGACGUCGAUACUGGACGAUUACGCGGAGGCUAACAUGACUAAAUCUGACUGUUGUACCGUUUCUUGUGCGCCCAAAGCUACCGGUGUCCAAGACAACUGUUGCGCGGAUGAAACUGAGAUCCGGAAGGACUCUGAUCGGGGCCCCCCAGGAGCCCAAAGUUUCCCGGGAACCAUACCGAAACUCAUCAUAACCAGAGACCCCAGUCCGACCCGCUCUCAGGGGACACCGGCCCUGCUGACCGUCCGAACAGACCUCAGCACCGGGUUGUGCCUGGACCCUCACCCAGAUGACGAGUCUCCCUGCUCGGACAGCGGCUGCGGAGGGUCCCCCGCGCUGAUGCGCUCCCCGAGGAAGCUCUCCAACUCCUCCUCCAUCGGCCUGUCCUCCGCCUCGUCCUUCGAGGAGUCCGAGGACGACUUCACAGGCAGCGACAUCGAGUCCAGUCUGUCUCCGAGCCGGUCCCUGUGUAGCCCGGAUGAUGGGACAGGGAAUAAGUCCUGGCACAAAUUGAAGACCAUGGUUCACUGGUCCCCCUUUGUCGUGUCCUUCAAGAAACGUUACCCAUGGGUGCAGCUAGCUGGCCAUGCAGGUAACUUCCAGGCUGGGGAGUACGGACGCUUGUUGAAGCGAUACUGUGAGUGUGAGCAGCAAUGCCUACAGAAGCUGAUGAAGGACACUCUGCAGCCCUAUGUGCCAGGUUAUUAUGGUGUAGUACAGAGAGAUGAGCAGGACUAUAACCUGAUGGAUGACCUGCUGGCUGAGUUUGACUCACCCUCCAUCAUGGACUGUAAGAUGGGCAGCAGGACGUACUUGGAGGAGGAGCUGAUAAAAGCCAGAGAGCGUCCACGUUUGCGGAAGGACAUGUAUGAGAAGAUGGUCGCAGUGGACCCCGGGGCCCCCACCGAGCAGGAGAAGGCCCAGCAGGGAGUCCUCAAACCCAGAUACAUGCAGUGGAGGGAGACACUCAGCUCCACAGCCACCAUGGGCUUCCGCAUCGAAGGCAUUAAGAAAGCUGAUGGAACUUGUAACACCAACUUUAAGAAGACAAAGCACAGGGAGCAGGUGAUGCGAGCCUUGGUGGACUUUGUAGAUGGCAACACUCAGAUUCUGAAGCUCUAUCUGCAGCGAUUGGAGGAACUCCGAUCAGUCCUUGAGCAGUCACAGUUCUUCAAGUCACACGAGGUCGUGGGCAGCUCUCUGCUGUUUGUGCACGAUUCCUCGGGGAAGGCCAGAGUGUGGAUGAUCGACUUUGGGAAGACGGUUCCCCUGCCGGCCCCCCGGACCCUGGACCACAGGACUCCCUGGGUGGAGGGCAACAGGGAGGACGGUUACCUGUGGGGACUGGACAACCUCAUAGACAUCUUCAGCAAUAUGCUCCCAGAGACACCUUGAGAAGUAGAACAGCAGUAGAACAUUAGUCCAUGUCCUGAUGGUGGAAGAGAAAACACAAACUGAGACUGACAGUGGAAGGAUCAGAAGAGUUUGGUUACUUUUUUCAUGAUCCACGCCAUGAUCCAAGUGUCUUUAUGCAAUUGCACUUGGGUGAAAAGAAGGCAAAUGAAGACAAGCGCAGGAUUUCUAUUGCAAAGAGGAAUAUGCCAAAGGCCGACAUUAUGCAUUAAUGGUCCAUUUGUGGAACUUGUGGACAGAUGACCUACGAUAAGUUGAGGCAAAAAGUACAAAGUUUGUAACUUUUGUCACGUGAACCGUGGUUUAUUUUGAGAGACUACAGUCCUCUGAAUUCAUGGACAUGUUUUUUCUGCAACCAUUUAGCAUUGCUCAUCUCCCUCGUCAAACACCCCACAUAGCAUUCUCACAGCCAUGAACUUGAUCCAGAGGUGUGAAACCUUGUAAUGGGAGUUUUAUUUUUGUCAUGGACCGCUUUUUGAACAACACUAAAACACUGGUCAGACCACAUGACUAACUCGAUGUGUAAAUACAAUUUUAUUUAAUUUUUGUUUUUUGACCUUGAUAUAACCUCCUUACCUUGUUUGUACAAUUUCUGUGCCUCGCAGUUUUUAAAGAAAGAGCUGUGUGAUCAUUCCAGUGCAGUGGACUUCCAAAGAGUUCACCCAAGAGUAAACUGAUUCACAUGUAAUCCCAAAGUUUGACUUCUGGUAGAAACUGAGAAGUGUUUUCUAAAUUUGGGUUUUUCUUUUUCAUUCAAUUACAGGGUAAGCAGCCUGGCAGCAAAGUUGGAGUUUGUUGCACUAUGGAUCCUCACAAAGCCAUUGAACAAAUCACCUCUGUGUGUUUUAAGAUAGGAAGCAGCAGUCUAUUGCUGGGUUUACAGAUGCAGAGUUGUAUAAGUUUAACAUAAAUUUAAUUUGGUGUUAUCACUUAACUAUAUUCAGUCAGUGUUGCUGUGGAUUUGCAGGGUGUUUUUACAGUAAAGCAGUAGUGUAAAGGGUGAAAUGAAACUGGAAUUACCUGAUUAAACUGAUCAGUCUUAAGCCUUUUGUGAAGUUUUACAUUUCUAUCAACACACAAUCUUAAAACUGGACGUUUUGAACGUUUCCUGUGAUUGAAUGGAUGAUGAAUAAUUGAAUACAAGAAUAUCGAGGACAUUUCUGUAAACUUCAUUUAGUCAAACUAAGCAGGAUUUGGGGUUUUAACUUCUGCAUACAAAAUAGAGUUUACAGAGGAACAGCAUUGUUAUAUUUAGAAGUCAAUGCUUACGAUAAUGUUGUUCCUUGACUGCAGCAGGUCUUCCAGACGUCCUUUGACAGUGUUGGCAGCACUGUUUGUAAUUCAAAUUCAGGCAUUCAGUUUUUCCAUUUCUGACAAGUAAACAUACUGGAAGAGAGGAACAGGAUCUAGCGUUUACAAAGUAUCAUAGUUCUUUUUCCUCAAAUCCUUUAUAUUUGUAAAAUCUCAAACUAACAGGGUGCUUCUUUUUAAGCAAGAAGGCUGGAUUCUUUACCACAUUUUGUAUUUUAAAGUUGCAAAGCACAGACAGACUGCAAAUUGAUGUGAAUUCCCUGCUUUGUCCAGGUCGUGGAUUGCAAUAAACUGGAAAUAAGA